AUGUUUUAUUGGGAUAGUAUUAAUCAUCCUAUUGCUCAGACACUUGCUAAUUCUCUUUAUGUAUUUAAUGAUUAUUUUGUAGAAAAUUUUCAUAGCUCAAUUCGACUAGUAGCUGCUGCAGCAGACAAUGAUUCAAACAUUCCUAAAACAACUAAUACUGGUGCUGCUGAAGUUGUUAAUAUAGUUUUAAACAGUAAUAUAGAUCAAUUAUAUAGUAAUGUCAUGAAUAAUUUUAGUGCCGCAUAG